AUGGCAAAAAAAAGUAUUAAAUUCACUCUCAACGGAGUUCCCCAAACUUUUUCGGGCAUAACAGACAUUAAAGAAAAAACUGCCUGGCAAUGGUUUUGGAACCAAGAACCCGAAGUGGUCCGAGUUAAAAAACGGAAUGUGACCGGAAAAGGAGAUGUUUCAGCCUUGCGUAUUGAAUUAGUGGCCAAUGGUAGCACAGAAAACGAUGUCCUUUACGAAAAAUUAAUGGAUAACGAAAGCGUAGGAAAAGAUUUCAUCAUUAUGGACGUUGACCUCGACCAAACCACCUAUCAAGAAGCAAUUGAAUAUUUAUCAAUCCCCCGCACUGCCUAUUACAACAUUAAAACCCAAUUCCCCCGCCAAUACAAUGAAGAAAUAAAUAACAAUCCCACCAUCCAACAAUUUUUUUAUUUAGUUAAUCUCACUAAUUCUACUUCAACUUUCUACGAAAUUGAAAAAGAAAAAAAAUAUAAUAAUUAUAUAAACGGAACCAUGGAUAAAGAAUUAAAACAGGCCGGCAAUUUAACCGAUUCAGAAUAUAACGACAUGAAUGAUAUUGUGAAAAAAUAUAAUGAGUUAGCCAUCAAAGUAGGAGGUGGGGAUGCUAAGUACCAAAAAUACCAAAGCCAAUUCAACACGGAAAGCAGUAAAGAAGUUUCUCCUGGCGUAGCGGCUAAUAAAGAGUUAGCUGACUUAGGAACCCCGACCAAAAUUGCCGAUGGCGAUGUUGACUCAAUUAGUUCUCAUGACACAAAAAAAGUACUCAAAAACAAUUUUAAAACUAUGCGAGAGUUAAAAGACAAGAUUUUAGUCCGCAAGCAAGCCGUAAUCGAUUUGAUUGAAGGAUUAGUAGCCAGCGAUACGGGUGGUGGUGGCAAAUUGACCUGUCCGAAUUGUAACCAAAAAUUUGACGCACUUCCUUUUGAGUAUAACGGAAAGAAAUAUCAUAGUCAACAAUGUGCGGAUGAGGCCAAACAAAAAGAGGGGGACCAAGGCGGUGGAGGGCCAGACCAAAAUCAAGGAAUUGACCAAACCCGCACGGCCGCCAUUCAAGACAUUAAUAAUGCUCUGGGUGAAGAUCCGAAAAUCGCCACUAAAACCCAAAUAAAGCAGUUGAAUACUGAAAAAGAUAUUAAUGACCUUCGUGAUAAAGUAUUAACUAACAUUAAGAAAAAACGGAAAGAGAAGCAAACUGAGGAACAAAUAAAUAAAGAGGGAGAAGGAAUUGAUGAGGCAAACGGGCAGGAUCUGAUAAACAAAAUUAAAAAAGUUGAAAUUCAUGAGGAUAUCAUUGACCGGAACAUUGACCGAGCUUUCCAAGAGAACGCAGAAAAUACCAAAGAGUUGAUUAAAGAUAUUGUUGAAGCCGCAAUGACUAAACGCGGAGUUAGCGAGGACGAAUUAGGGGCGGAAGAAAAAGAAUUAUUCACCAAGAUAAAAAAUAAAGAAAUUAAUGAUAAGGACCAAUUAAAAACUGCCAAAAAUACUCUGGUGGAAUUUAUCGGUAACAAAGAUGUUGAGAAAAGAAUUGAUAAUUUACGAAAGGAAGUAGAAGCCGCUCGUAAUUCGGAUCAGAAAAAUGCGGUCAGAGAGAAAUUAAAAAAAUUAAAGAUAGAGGACAAUAUUUAUGUCAAAAAGCGAGAAGCCGACAUUGAAAAGCUACUGGAAAAAUUAGAAAGUAAUGCGGACGAUACCACUGGCAAUAAUAAGCCGGCUCAUAUUCGUAAUAUCGGUAUCAUGGCCCACAUUGAUGCUGGAAAAACUACUACUACUGAACGAAUGCUUCACAAGAGUGGAGAAAAACAUAAAGUUGGUGAUGUUGAUACUGGAGACACUACCACCGACUAUGACUCACAAGAAAGAGAACGAGGAAUAACCAUUUACUCGGCGGCCGUUACUAUCACUUGGCAAAGCCCGGACAACCCCCAAGUUCACCAAAUUAAUAUCAUUGAUACUCCGGGUCACGUGGACUUCACGGCUGAAGUAGAAAGGUCGCUACGAGUUUUAGAUGGAGGAAUAGUAGUGCUGGACGGCAAAAAGGGGGUUGAAGCCCAAACUGAAACUAUGGACGGGGUGGAUAAUGAAGAAAAAUUUACUGAUUGUCUCAAAAGCCUGCGAGACAAAUUACGGGCAAAAACAUUAGUAGUGCAAUUUCCCAUUGGAGCCGGCAAAGAAUUAAAAGGGAUAGUGGAUGUGGUAAAACAAAAAGCCUACUAUUUUCAACUAGGCGACCAGGCCGAAAAUUACCACGCCGAGGAAAUUCCCACUAAUUUGAUAGCCAGGACACAGCAAUAUCGGCAGGAAUUAAUUGAGAAGUUGGUUGAAGGAGAAAUGGAAAGGAUAAGCCAAGACUGUGCUAAAAAGAUUAAAAAAAUCAAUGAGGAGGCAGACCAGAAAAUCAAAGAAGCAAAAAGUAUUUCUGAAAACUCGCCAGAAAAAUUACUGGACCAAAUAGAAAAAAAACGGGCUGAAGCGGAAGUUCAAGCCCGAAAGGAAGAAGAAGAAAAUUUAAUUUCAGCCUUAGAAAAGAAUGAAAAAAAAGAGGAGUUAACAGUGGCAGAAGUCAAAAAAAUGCUUCGUCAAGCCACCUUGACCGGCCGGCACUUUCCCGUUUUCUGCGGUUCAGCCUAUAAACAUGUCGGAGUUAAAUUAUUGUUAGAUGGGGUGGUGGAUUAUCUUCCUUCGCCACUGGAUAUAGAGGAAAUACCGGUCUUCUCACCUCGGGAUAAGAGCCAAAGAGGAGUAGUAAAUUGCAAAAGUCCUUUGCCUUGUUUGGCUUUGGCUUUCAAAAUCGUAUUUGACGAUUACAAUAAUAAAUUAACUUUUUUUCGGGUCUAUGCCGGAAAAAUAUCUGCCAACUCCUAUAUCUACAAUGUUAGCCGAGACAAAAAAGAACGAGUAAGUCGGCUAGUCCGUAUGCACGCUAAUAAAAAAGAAGACGUUAAGGAAGUAGGAGCUGGCGAUAUUGCGGUAGCAAUUGGUUUAGAUCAUGCUAUUACUGGUGAUUCUUUUGGAGAAGAAAAGAAUCCAUUGCUGCUAGAAGCAAUUAAUUUCGCCGAACCGGUGAUUUCCCAGGCCAUUGAACCUAAAACUAAUGAAGAUAAAGACAAAUUGAAAGGAGCACUCGAUAAAUUGAAAAUCCAAGACCCGGGGCAAAUGAUUAUUUCCGGAAUGGGGGAAUUACAUUUAGAGAUUACGGUGGAAAGACUACGACGGGAAUACAAAUUAAAUAUUGAAAGUAAGCAACGAAAAGUAUCUUACCGCGAAACCAUUACUAAAAAAUUAGCAGAAGUCGGACAUUUUGCUCGGGUCAAACUCGCUUUUGAACCCAAUCCAGGUAAAGGAUUUGAAUUUGUAGAUGCCAAAAAAGGUCAAGAAAUGUCUGACAAAGAUGCUGAGGAAGUAAAAGAAGGAAUAGAGGAGGCAAUGUCGUCGGGCUUACUUUUGAAUUAUCCUUUGCUGGAUAUUAAGGCUACUUUGUUAGAAGGAAAAAGGCAUGCGGUCGAUACUAAACCCGGUGAUUUCAAAAAUGCGGCUGUUUUGGCUUUUCGGGGCGAUGGAGUAGCCGAAAAAGAAGAGCGGAUUCAAAAAUUAGGUGUAGUUUUACUAGAACCGAUUAUGAAAAUAAAAGUAGUGGUUCCCAAAGAUUAUAUGGGAGACAUUUUGGCGGACCUGGGCGCUCGGCGUGCGGUCAUUGAAAAUACGGAAGAAGAGGAAGGGGAGAGUUAUAUCACCGGCCAAAUUCCCCUUCGUGAAAUUCUUGCUUAUUCUGCUGAUUUACGACAAAUAACCGAAGGCAGGGGUACUUACUCAGCCUAUUUGUCUCACUAUCAGGAAGUUCCUAAGGAUGCUUUGGAGGAAAUUUUGAAAGAAGAAAAAUUAUUAACUACCACUCCUUAA